ACAAAGUUGCAUUAUGUUUCAUUCCAACAGAACAGGUGUGGAAAACAGAACACUUUAUCAAGUUCUGUUCUUUGGACAGUGUAACAGUUUGUCUGACUGUUUGACAGACAAAGAGGUGGACGGCAAGCCAGAGAUGGAGGACGAUAAAGAGGAGGAGGAAGAGGAGGAAGAGGAGGAAGAGGAGGAAGAGGCUCUGGGACCAGAAAAUCAGGACGAAGACCAGAAGAAGAAACCUCGCAGAAAGGACACACCUGUCCUCUACUCUCCUCCACUUAUACCAGGAGUGAAACUGCUGAAAGCUGAGAAACAGAUGGUUCACCUAGAGGACGAGGAGAAAGAUGUGAAAGAUUAAUGCUUUUAUUUGACUUUGAUUUUAUUGUCAAUUAUAUUCGCUGUUAAAUUAAAUGUUGCUUG